AUGUCUGCUACUACGGACCAAUCCCAGUCUGCGGCGACUCAGCAGCCAGUGCAUCAACAGUCCGUUCAAGAAUAUGCUGCAAACGAAAAGUCUGCACCCCUCCAACCCGCCCAAAAACAAGACGAAUCACUGCCUCAAGAAGUGAAAAAUUUCCUCGACGACCUCGAACAUCUCCGCGACCGCUAUUGUCCAAAGACCGCCAAAGGCGCCGAAUACUAUGUCCUUGCCUUGAUUAUGUUGCCGAUUUUGGCUAAAGUCAUCGGCUCCGCUGGAGACAUCGCUCUUCAUCUCCUCUUGGCCACGAUGUGGUUUUCUAUGGGACUGGGCCUUUACGCCGCGUACUUGAUCCUCACCAAACCGCUAGUGUUGUUGGUCCUCAUCGGGGUAGUCUUGGGCUAUGUGUAUAAGAAGGAGAAGGUGGAGAUGAAGGGUGAUGUCAAGGAGGACGCGAAGGUGGUGGUGAAGGAGGGGGUGAAGACGGAGUAG